CAUUCAUCCCAAAUGUGCAAAAUAGCUGAGUAUUAUAUCAUUGAUGCUCUUAGUUGCCAGCAAUUAAUGAUUAAGCAUAAUGUAAUUAAUGAGUACAAAGAGGUAACAUUUAUAUCAUUAUUUGAUACGUAUUAUUUUGCAAUAGGAAUGAAAGUAAGUAAUCUUUUAAAUGCUAAUACAUGGUGGAAAGGAAUUUUAAUCAGUAUAAUUUUAAAGCAAACAGAAACAGAAUUAUUUCUGGAUGCUUAUAUCUUCUUAUCAAUAAAAGAACACAAAAAUAGACAUUUUGUAACUGGCUUAAACUUUGCAUCAUUAUAUCUUAGCCUUAUUAUGACUUACAAUCUUUUACUUGAUAAAAUCAUUUUAUCUCAAAAACAUGCUGACUCUCUAAAAGAAAGUGGUAAAAAACUCAAUAAAAUUAAUUUCAAAUUCAAUGAUCAUGAUAUUCUUACAUAG